AUUUCUCACCGUUCUGCAUGGGCCCUUAAAGUUUGUUUGUUCGCUGAAUGCGGCGUGUGAUGAAAACGUGUUGAUCCCGUUUGGCAAUAAUCAGAUGAAUCUGAUUUGGGACAUUUGAUACAUUCUUUGGACUUUCGAGACACCGAUAGUUGCCAUUACGCACGAAACUCCGUUGACCGACCUACUUUGAACACCGUUGCCUUGAGGAAAGAACGACUUGCUUAGAAACGGUGCGCUUGCAAUCAUCCAGGGGCUGAAUUACAACAACUUUAAUGCCAAUCACAAACGAGGAUACGCGAUACGCUCGGAAACGUCAAGCUACGGAAAAGGCUUUGGGAGACCUUUGGCGGAGAGUUUGGCUAUCCGGACACUUUUUGGUGAAUUGCAACUUUUGAGCACCAGUUUGAUGCCCAGAAAGAUCAAAAGGUACGGUUGGUCUUUCGAAAGAGAAAUUUACAUUCCUGUAGUGGCCAAGUUAAGCUCUAACGUAGCCACCAGAUGGUUGCUAAGAAGGGUUAAACUGUAUCUAAAGGGAGUUGGAAAAUCCAGCCUUUCUUCCACACGGAUCAACUCAUUGGGUGGGAGCAGCAAGAGAGACAAGAGUCCCCAGCAAAUCAGCGGCUAAUUGAUUAAAGAGACUUCAUUUGAAUAGGGGGCUGGCAAGGUGCCAAACGCCUUUCAGAGGUCCCCAUCCACCCCCUCCCAUGAUUAAUCGCGAGGCAUUAUUGAUAAUCAUAACAGGACACAUGCGCGGUGGAUGGGCUCGAUUUUCGUAAUUUUGAGCAGAUUUGAUAGUAAUUUUUUAUUCUUUCGUGGCUGAUGCGUGAGCCAGCAUGUCGCGGAGGAAACAAGCUAAACCGCAGCAUUUCCAGUCCGACGCGCAGCUGGUCCUAACCGAGCACAAUGGGGACGCAGAGACCAACCCGGACGACUCCCCCUGUAAAGACUCGGGCGCCCAUGUCUGCAGCAGAUGUUGCGCAGAGUUCUUUGAACUAUCGGAUCUUGAACAACACCAGAAGAAUUGCACUAAGAAUCAAUUAGUUCUAAUUGUGAAUGAAAAUCCAGUGUCUCCUUCCGGAACCUUCUCCCCAGGCUCCUCUCCUCAUAAUCCUGAUGAGCAGAUGAAUGAUACAACUAAUAACACAGAUCAAGCAGAGUUGACUGACCUUUUGGAGCAGAACGUACUUGACAAAGAGGAAGCCAUGGACACUGAGAUGUCAGGAGUCUCUGCACCUCAUAAUGAUGGAAGUGGAUGUAUGGCAGGUGGCAGCCCACUCAGUGGUGUUGGAAGCAGCCAUGGAGCUCUGGGCAGCACUGGGUCCAAUCUGGGGAACUCUGUCAUCUCUGCCAUCUCUGCCUCACUACCUCAGCUGGGUAACUUGACUGAGCUGGGCAAUUUUUCCAAGAUCAACAGCAACGUCAUUAUUGAAAACCUACAAAGCACCAAAGUGGCUGUUGCCCAGUUUUCUCAAGAGACCAGAGGAGCAGGAGGGCAAAGGGUGGCUGUGCCAGCCCUCAUGGAGCAGCUUUUGGCCCUACAGCAGCAACAGAUCCAUCAGCUACAGCUCAUCGAGCAGAUUCGUCACCAGAUUCUUCUGCUAGCCUCACAGUCACCUGAGCUCCAAGCACCGCCUAAUUCUUCCCAUGUGACUUUAGGUUCAGGUACUAGCCCACUAACCACUCUUAGUUCCCAUUUGUCUCAACAGUUGGCAGCUGCUGCAGGGUUAGCACAGAGCAUAGCUAGCCAGUCUGCAAGCAUUAGCAGUUUGAAACAGAUGGCUAAUGUUGUGCAGCUACCUCAGAACAAUUCCAGUGUGGGAGAGUCAUCUCAAAACCUUGGAGCACCAGGGCCAGUUACAGUUAAUGCCCAACCUUCAGACAAAAGGCCAGGUAAUGCAGGAAGCUUGCAUCCACAGUUAGGAAAUCCAUCAAUUGCAAAGUCAUCCACACCAGCCUUUGCAAUGGGAAGCCUUUUGAAUCCUGUGGCUAAUAACCUUCUACCUCAGCCCCCACCAGGCAACCCAAUAUUUUCCAGUGCACUGCCCAGUGUCGGUACUACAGUUGAGGAUCUCAACUCACUGGCUGCACUUGCUCAGCAAAGAAAAGGCAAGCCACCUAAUGUCUCUUCUUUUGAACCGAAGAGUAGCUCUGAGGAUACAUUUUUCAAGCAUAAGUGCAGGUUUUGUGGCAAGGUGUUUGGUAGUGACAGUGCUUUGCAGAUUCACUUACGUUCUCACACAGGUGAGAGACCAUACAAAUGCAACAUAUGUGGCAACCGGUUUUCCACCCGUGGUAACUUGAAAGUUCAUUUUCAGCGUCAUAAAGAGAAGUAUCCACACAUUCAUAUGAACCCAUAUCCUGUCCCAGAGCAUCUAGACAAUAUUCCUACGAGUACUGGCAUUCCCUAUGGUAUGUCUAUGCCUCCUGAGAAGCCAGUGACUAGCUGGCUGGAUAGUAAACCUGUUCUGUCGACUCUGACAUCUUCUGUUGGCAUGUUACUUCCACCAACUAUACCAAGCCUGCCUCCAUUCAUCAAGAAGGAAGAUAAUAGCUCAGUGGCUAUAAGCAGCCCUUCUCAUUCUGCUAAAAGCGACUCAGGUUCUGCUGAUGCACCCAUGAAGAACACAGAUAGUGUGUUGGAAGAAGGUGAGAGCACAAUCCUGCCUACCUCAAAUGAAAAAGUUGAAGAAAUCAACCGUUCAUCCAGUUUAACGACAAACAUGAGCUCUACGGUGGAGGGUACCAUUGAGUACACCACCUCCAACAGCCCUCCAAUGGCCACUAACCCACUCAUGCCCCUGAUGUCAGAACAGUUCAAAGCUAAGUUUCCUUUUGGGGGUCUCCUUGAUCCUCUCCAAGGUUCAGAAACAUCUAAGCUUCAGCAACUCGUUGAGAACAUCGACAGGAAAGUGACAGACCCUAAUGAGUGUGUUAUCUGCCACCGUGUUCUUAGUUGCCAGAGUGCACUCAAAAUGCACUACCGCAUACACACCGGGGAGAGGCCUUUCAAAUGUAAAGUGUGUGGCCGUGCCUUCACCACCAAGGGCAACCUCAAGACUCAUUACAGUGUCCAUCGAGCUAUGCCGCCACUGAGGGUCCAGCAUUCUUGUCCUAUUUGUCAGAAGAAGUUCACGAAUGCUGUUGUACUUCAGCAGCACAUUCGCAUGCACAUGGGUGGACAGAUCCCUAACACCCCUCUUCCUGACAACUAUCCAGAAUCCAUGGGAUCCGAUGCUGGUUCAUUUGAUGAGAGAAACUUUGAUGAUCUGGACAACUUCUCCGAUGAAAACAUGGAAGGAAUUGAUGAUGGACCAGACAGCAGCAUUCCAGACACACCAAAGUCAGCUGAUGCAUCUCAAGACAGCCUCUGUUCAUCCCCUACUCCACAAGAGUCAUUAGGCGUGGAGAGCCAGGAGAAGAGGGCCAACCAGGGAGCUGAAGAUGAAGUGUACUUUGAUCAAGGAAAGUCAGUGGAGAACGGAGUAAUGGAAGGAGACAGACUCACAAAUGACUCCUCUUCACUUGGAGGCGACAUCGAAAGCCAAAGUGCCGGAAGUCCAGCUGUCUCUGAAUCUACCUCUUCCAUGCAAGCUCCAUCACCCUCUAAUGGUACUAUCCAACAGCAAAAGUCUCCUAGUCUGGAGGAUCGGCAGCAGAGGGCAUUGUCAUUAGACCACAUUAGAGUGGGUCUCAUGCAGUCUCAUUCUGCCAGUCCUGGAGCUCUGGAUCUUACUUCAAUUGACUCAUCAAAAGAUCCUCUUAGUAUGCUUUUCCCCUUCCGUGAUCGAGGCAUCUUGAAGAAUACAGCAUGUGACAUUUGUGGCAAAACAUUUGCCUGCCAGAGUGCCUUGGACAUCCAUUACCGAAGCCAUACCAAAGAGAGACCGUUCAUUUGCACAGUAUGCAUCCGGGGCUUUUCCACCAAGGGGAACUUGAAGCAACAUGUGCUGACCCACCAGAUGCGAGAUUUGCCCUCCCAGCUCUUUGAGCCUAACACCAGUCUUGCCUCCAGCCCAACUCCAUCCCUUCUGUCUGUUGGACCCUUGUCCUCUAUGAUGAAUACUGAGGUCAACGGCUUUCUGCAUGGUCUUCUACCUGAAGUAAAAGACUUGACCUCAGCACUGGUGACCUCAUCUGCUUCCACCUCUCCAGUACUUUCGGCUGCCCCACCACGGAGGACGCCUAAGCAGCACUACUGUACCACUUGUGGGAAGACAUUUUCCUCCUCCAGUGCCCUGCAAAUCCAUGAGAGAACCCAUACGGGAGAAAAGCCCUUUGCUUGCACCAUCUGUGGACGGGCAUUUACCACCAAAGGAAAUCUCAAGGUACAUAUGGGUACCCACAUGUGGAACAGUGCUCCUGCACGGCGUGGUCGCAGGCUUUCAGUAGAUGGUCCCAUCGCUUUCCUUGGCACCAACCAUGUUAAGUUCCCUGAGCUCUUUCAAAAGGACUUAACUGGUAGGGCUGGAAACGGAGACCCAACAAGCUUCUGGAAUCAGUAUGCUGCUGCUUUCUCUAAUGGCCUGGCCAUGAAGACCAACGAGAUCUCUGUAAUCCAGAAUGGAGGCCUGCCCCCUCAACUGUCGGGGAGUGUAGGCAAUGGGGGCAGUUCUCCGAUCGGAGGUUUGACAGGCAGCAUGGAAAAGCUGCAUAACUCUGAGCCCAAUUCUGCUCUGGCUGGCCUAGAAAAAAUGGCCAACACCGAGAAUGGGACUCACUUCCGCUUCACACGCUUCAUGGAGGACAAGGAGAUAGUGACCAACUAGAGAAUCAUUUUUGUUGCGCUCAUGAACAAAAAUACACUCUUUAACUGGCACACACACAUGCUCCAGUAUAUGCGUCCAUGAAAGAAAGAAUGAAAAGCAAGAAAAAAACUUUCAGCUUUUGCUUGCCAUUAAGACUUUAUGAAGAGGAGUUUGAAAAGAACUUGCUUUUUUGUACAAUGUACAACAUGUUAUAGUUUUAUGGAGCUUAUUUAUUAGUGAUUAUAACCUUGCUCGAAAAACCAAGUGGAAAUAUUAACAGUUACUUAGUUUUUAUGUUAUUUUAUGUUUUAUCAACAGAGUGAAUCUGUAUGAGUGUUUUAAAGUGUGCUUUUGAAACUUAGCUUUUCUUGGUAGAAGACUUCACCAUGGCAUUAAAUUAUUUUCUAUCUGUAAUAUGUGUUAACAAAACUUGAUGUUCAUGUAAUGAUUUAGAGCUUAAACAGUGCAACGUAAGGCUGUAAAUACUGUACACUUAUCUGUGCUAGAUGGUUUACAAGCUGUGUAGAAACUUUCCUCUGAGAAAUAUCAACAUUUCAUAAAUCCAGGGACAUAGGUUAGUCCUUUUCCCUCUGUCUUAGAAGUUUAAAAAGAACAAAAAAGUAAAAAAAAAAAAAAAAGGUUUUCACCUCAGCUGUUUAUUUAGACCUUCUUCACUUAGUUUUUUUUACUACAUUCAGUUCUCACUCUUUAUUUGUGCUUAUAGGAUGCAAAGCAUAAACGGUUAUUAGAUAACAACAUGAAGAGGUCCACACACUUAAAGGGAGGGGAAAAUGCAUUGUGUGAUCUUUGAGGUUUUGCUGGGCUUUCAAACUGCUGCUAGGUAGCUACUAGCGUCUUUGACAUCUACUACAGGUCAUGUGUUGACGCGCCCUAUAAGUAUUUUUUUCGGAUGUGGAGCAACAAAUUCCUUUACAGCAAUUGUACAUAGUCUUACUCGAAGACAAGGUCCAUCUCGGCCAGGGGACAAAUGAUGAUAGUGUUUUUAUAAAUAUUAUAUAAAUAUAUAUAUAUGGACUGUUACAUGCACUUUCUUGAAAAGUUGGAAGAUCUUUUAGGGCCCAGUUUCUCUACAGUUUAUUACCUACUAACA